AUGUCCUUCCCGCACUUUGGACACCCGUAUGGCAACGCUCCCCAGUUUCUGGUGUCUGCAAGUUCCAGCGCCACUUGCUGCGAAUCUGCCCCGCGCUCCGUCCCAGACGUGGCCUCAGGCUCCACCCCGGCAGCCGCUCUCUGCUGCGCAUCCUACGACGGUCGGCUGCUGGGCAGUGCGCGGCCAGAGCUGGGCGCGGCCUUGGGCCUCUAUGGAGCCCCCUACGCGGCCGCUGCAGCUGCCCAGAGCUACCCCAGCUAUCUGCCCUACAGCCCGGAGCCGCCCGCGCUGUACGGGGCGCUGAAUCCACAGUAUGAAUUUAAGGAGGCUGCAGGGAACUUCACACCCGGCCUGGCGCAACCAGGAGCCUAUUAUCCCUAUGAGCCCACUCUGGGGCAGUAUCAGUAUGACCGGUACGGAGCGGUGGAGUUGAGUGGUGCCGGGCGCCGGAAGAACGCCACCAGGGAGACCACUAGCACGCUCAAGGCCUGGCUCAAUGAGCACCGCAAGAACCCCUACCCCACCAAGGGCGAGAAGAUCAUGCUGGCCAUCAUCACCAAGAUGACCCUCACUCAGGUGUCCACCUGGUUCGCCAACGCGCGCCGGCGCCUCAAGAAGGAAAACAAGAUGACCUGGGCGCCCAAGAACAAAGGUGGGGAGGAGAGGAAGGUGGAGGGCGGAGCAGAGGAACCACUGGGCUGCCUCAACAGUGACACCAAAGACGUUACUGCUAGCCAAGAGGCUCGCAGGCUCCGGCUGAGUGACCUGGACGACCUGGAGGAAGAGGAGGCCGAAGAAGAGGAGGCAGUGGCCACAGCUGCGGACAGGCUGGCCGAGUUCCAUAAGGACACGCAGUCGCUGCCAGCGCCCUGCGCUGCUGCUCGAGAGGCCCGGCCGGAGCGCAGGGAGUGCGGCCUGGGGGCGCCCCGCUUCUCAUUCCAUGAGCCCCUCCGGUCGGAAGAAGCUGACUUUCUCCGCGCGGAGCCAGGGGGCCACACAUUGACCAUGCACUAUCCAUGCAGCAGCGAGAAACCGCGCAUCUGGUCUCUGGCGCACACUGCAGCAGCCGGCGCCGUCGAAGGUGCCCCUCCAACCCCGCCCAGGCCACGAAGUCCUGAUUGCCAUCUGAUUCCCGGACAGCUUCCAGGCUCGGGCGCGCGACCUGCUGUCCCCAGAGACUCCGCGUCCGAAGAGCCUUCCCCAGUAGCCAAAGCCUUCGGAGACCCCACGUUUGCCCUGCAGGGCCUGCCGCUGAACUGUGCGCCGUGCCCGCGGCGGAGGGAGCCGGCAGUGCAGUGCCAGUACCUGUCCGGAGCGGAAGAGGAGGCCAGCUGGCUCCUGCUGUUCUUGUACCAAAAGUUUGGGCAGGCACCAGGACGUUUCAAGAAGUCUGAGGGGAAGGGCCAGACACAAUUGAUUUAA